AUGACGUCAACACCUUGUUCGCCUACAGUAUCUCAUGCACCAUCACAAACGAAUCAUCCUCCAACCCAGGGUCGACAACUGUCUGUAACUGCCGAAGAAGGAGGAAAUUUGAUUUUAUCCCAACCACCAGCGGGAAGAAAAAUUAAAAAGAUUGUUGCCUUGUCGGGCGAAGAAGAUAUGACUUCUUCUCCGUCAGUCAUGCCUACUCCUAAGAGCCGUUUCAGGAAUGGACAUGCUUCAUUCCGCUUGCGGAUGCUGCAAGAGCAACAUGGCACUGGAUUCGAGCCGAAGAAAGAUAUUUUACAUUCAAAAACUAUGUCAUGGACUUCUUCAGCUGAUGAUUCAUCGUGGAUUUCAUCAAAAAUGAAAGAGAAGGCUGAAAGGCAUAAGUUUAAGCCAGCUUCAGUGCCUACAUCACCUGCCAGCGGAUCGCGCCUUGAUCCUCUAGCGUCUGCGGAUUCUAGUGCAGGAAAAAAACGACAACAAAUGCUUUAUUCCCAUAGUACAACACCACCUGGCACACCUACCAGCAAAUUUUCGGUCGAAAGAGAUUCGUUCAAAAAGAAACUUUCACACACGAUGUCUGUGGAAAAGAAACGAUCCGCUUCCGGUGAUAUCAUAGAGGAUGCUGGCAGCUCUGGAGGAACAGCUCUCAGGGCUGUUCGACAGUUCAAAAGUGCCCAUGAAUCGUUCAGACUGAGGAUGUUCCAAGAGCAGCAUGGAUUGGAGCCCGUUGGAGGCGAUUUGAACAAGUACACGGCCAAAACCUAUGCAAUCCAGAAUGGAAAUGAAGUCUUUGGAGAAUCAUUGGAGAGACGUAUAGGAAAUGGUAAACCAUUCGCUCAUCAAUUAUCAUUUCGAAUCUCUUUUAAAAAAACAAAAAUAUUGGGAGAAUUGGCCGAAGUGCUUAUGGAAGAACAAGGUUCCAACCCAUGGGGAAAAGAAGACAUAUGA